AUCCAUAUCCUGCCAAUUCGCAUCCCUAGUUUUGGACGGUAUUAUAACGUUGGAUUGUUAGUCCAACUCCAAACGAGUUACAGUACAACAAUUUUUCCACAAAAUUGAUGCAGACAGCGCACCUAACAUGGGACUUGGAAAUUGGAUGUGAAAUUCUCUGCUCAGGAAAGGACAUUACUGGAUCAGCCUACUAUUCACAGACAGCAUAGAGAGAGAGAAAGAGAGAGAGCAGUAACAUACAUGGCAGAAAGCUUGGAGUAUGGAGCUUUCAUGGAGAAAUUUACUCUUCGACCAGGUCCUUCACCUCUCGAUCAUCACCAACUCCCCUUGAGUGGCCUCACUUUUGCUGUUAAAGACAUAUUUGAUGUGGAUGGAUAUGUAACUGGCUUUGGAAACCCUGACUGGGCAAGAACUCAUUCAGCUGCCACAUCUACGGCACCAGCUGUGUUGGAUGUCUUAAGGGCUGGGGCAACUUGUGUUGGAAAAACUAUCAUGGAUGAAAUGGCAUACUGCAUUUAUGGAGAAAAUAAGCAUUAUGGCACUCCCAGGAAUCCAUGUGCACCAGAUAGGGUGCCUGGAGGAUCUUCCAGUGGCUCUGCUGUUGCAGUAGGUGCAAUGCUGGUGGACUUCUCCCUAGGAACUGACACUGGAGCAAGUGUGAGACUCCCUGCAUCAUAUUGUGGAAUUCUUGGGUUUAGACCUUCACAUGAUACUGUCUCCACUGUUGGAGUUCUUCCUUUCGCACAAAGUUUCGAUACUGUGGGAUGGUUUGCUAGGGAUCCUGUGAUUUUGAAUCUAGUUGGACGUGUUCUGCUGCAUUUGCCUGAUGCGGAUCCUACCAGACCUACUCAGAUUAUUAUUCCAGAGGAUUGUUUCUGCCUAUCAAGUGUUCCAAGUGAAAGAACAGCUCAAAUUCUUGUUAAAUCAGUUGAGAAGCUCUUUGGAGGUCAAUUUGUAAAGCAUGUAAUCCUUGGAGACUAUGUCAAGGACAAUGUGCCAAGUCUGCAGCAUUUCAUGGAUAAGGAAAAUGAAGGCCAAGAGUAUGAUAUACCAUCCUUGGCAGCUCUUUCAAGUGUAAUGCAGUUGCUUCAAAGGUAUGAAUUUAAGAGUAAUCAUGCUGAAUGGGUCACCAAAGUGAAUCCUGAUUUAGGUCCAGGAAUAUCUGGGCGGGUAUGGAAAGCCAUUAGAACAACACAGGAAAACAUUGACAUCUGCAAUUCUGUGAGAAGUGAAUUACGUGCUGCACUUACUGCUCUGCUUGGGGACCAUGGCAUCCUAGCUAUCCCCACAGCUCCAGGGGAUCCACCAAAACUACAAACUGAUCCAGCCACACUGGCAAGAUUUCGUGCUAGGGCUUUUAACUUGCUCUCCAUUGCAGGAUUAUCUGGAUUCUGUCAGGUAAGCAUACCUCUGGGAAUGCAUAAUAAUCUUCCCGUGUCAAUCUCCUUGCUAGCAAAACAUGGUUCAGAUGCAUUCCUGCUCAGUAUUGUUGAGACUUUAUAUGACACCCUCAAGGGAGAAAUUGCAAUGCUGAGAGAAUGAGUUGGAUUCAAUCUGUUUUUUAUAUUUCGGCAAGUUUAUGUUCUUUUAUAACAAAACUAGGCAUGUUGUGCCAGUGCCACUCAGUUAAUUGGAUUGGGAUUAUAAUAUGUGAGCAUGAAAAUGUUAGAGGACGUUUUGUUUCCAUCCAUAUAUAUUUAAUAAUUGAGAAUGGAAAACUUCCAGUCCAUGGAAACUGUAGAUACUCAAAACUGAUUAAAAUUAUGUAGGUAUAUAAUUAUGAACAGUAUCAAUUAUUGUU